UGAACACAGCUGUUUUGUUAGGCUGUAAAGUGGUUUUACUUAUAAAGGGAUUAUCCAGAGUAGUCAUCUUGAUGACACAGUACUUGAAGAUUUGAGAAACUACCAUAAACAUAACUCCUUUUUCCUUUCAAUAUUAGAAUACUGGGACUUAAUGAAUUCAUCUGAGAAGUAUGAUAAGAUACCAGAGAUUUGGGAAGGCCACAAUGUUGCUGAUUAUAUCGAUCCUGCUAUCAUGAAGAAAUUAGAAGAGUUGGAAAAGGAAGAAGAGCUCAGAACAGCUGCUGGGGAGUAUGACAGCGAGUCUGAGAGUGAAGACGAGGAAAUGGUGGAAAUCCGACAGCUGGCAAAACAAAUUAGAGAGAAGAAGAAGUUGAAAAUUCUACAGUCCAAAGAAAAGAACACACAGGGACCCCGGAUGCCCCGGACUGCUAAGAAGGUUCAACAGGCAGAUUUAGAGAAUGAGAUGCGUAGUCUUGGCGUGGACAUGGAUGAUAAAGACAAUGCCCACUAUGCAGUCCAGGCCAGAAGAUCUCGGAGUGUCACCAGGAAAAGAAAACGAGAAGAGUCUGUUCCUCCCUCUUCCAUAGCCCGCAGUCGCAGUCGGAGUUGCUCUAAAACGCCACGUGAUGUUUCUGGUCUUCGGGAUGUCAAGAUGGUGAAGAAAGCCAAGACCAUGAUGAAGAAAGCCCAGAAGAAGAUGAAUCGCUUGGGGAAGAAGGGGGAAGCAGAUAGGCAUGUGUUUGAUAUGAAGCCCAAGCACCUACUCUCUGGGAAGAGGAAAGCUGGUAAAAAGGACAGGAGAUAAUGUCCUCUUCGGUCGGAGUAGUUUAACUAGACCCGUGAUUAUUUCUGAGUGUGUGAUGGUGUGUUUUAUAGAAUUUGGGAUCAACAUCUGUUAACCAAAGAAACGAUGGAAAUGACUUUUAAAUGCUUGUUGCUGUGCUGAAAACUGGUAAAGCCGAGUAAGCGUGUGGUGCCGUGGCCCUGUGCAGUCAGAUGUUACCUGCAGAGUGCUCUGUACUGGAUGACGCGCUUCUUUCACAGCCAAGGGACUCAUUUUGCAGAAAAGAUGUAUUGGUGUAAGGAGGCUGCUUUGGUGGGGGAAAACUUUUGUAGUAGAUCUUUUGACACCCAAAAUACCUAUUUUUGUUAAGAAAGUAUUCCUGCUGGGAGGUCUUACAUUUAGCGUGUAUCAGAACUUAAACUACAGUCUUAAAUUAUUUUCUGCAUCUGUAGUACAAUGUAUCAUUGUAACUUCAAACAUUUUAUCCAAAGUAAACAUCCAGCAAAAACAUAGUUUUGAUCAUUUACAUUUAGUUUGAUUUAAUUGCAAGUCUCUUGAUAGCCAAAAGGAACGGGCAGGGAAUAGGACUUUGCUUAGAGCAAAAAUAGUUUUUUAAAGGGAAUAAGUGCCUGGAUAUGUCUUCUUUCACUAACAACAGCUGGAUUAAGAUUGGUGUCCUAGAAAGUAAAGAAACAUUGAUGAGAGGGAUCCCAGUGUGGCUGGAACUGCAGCCCUGUCCACAGAUCAGAAGACAGCCUUCCCACUGUCAGCGCUUCCUGUCAGUGUGACCGCUUCUGACCUGUAUCGGAAACCAGUGAUGUAUACAUGUAUUAUAUUCUCUAUCCUAAAUCAUAUGGACUCUUUGAGACUUUUUUAAAAAAUAGUUUUAUUUGUCUUGGA